AUGAUUCCUCUCGUAGUCAUCGCUAUUCUAACCGCGACAAUUACCGCAAUAGAGGUACAAUUGGAUAUCUCAUCAGAUCAAGUACCAGAUAAUCUCAUUAAAGAUGUGCAUUUGAGUCCAGAUAUCUCUAACAUAAUGUUUAUUCCUCUGGGCUACACGGUGGUAUCUCAAGUUAAUGACAAAGAACAGGUAAUCUGGAAGGCCAGACCCGGUCAAACAUGCAGUCAUUUCAGAGUAUACUCACUCUAUGGAGAGAAUAGGCUUGCCAUAGCCAAGAUUUCAAAGGUACAAACCGUGGAAACUGUCGACUGUAGAAAGUUGUUAACAGAGGAGACUAAACCUAUCAAGGUGGGUAAAAAGGACGGUAAACGCAGACCAAAAUCAGAGUCUUAUUUUCCUGAUGUCCAGCUUGCGUCACGCAGUGACACAAUGGAGAAGAGAAGAACGAGACUCUUCUCAGAUUCCACACCAAGUCAACCUAUUGGAGAGCCUGAGGAGCAGGAAACCCUUCACUUUGAAAACCUUUGCGGAACUUGGAGCUUUAUGACUGCAGAAAUGUACAAGGAGGAAUUGGCAAAGCUCCAGUGUGAAAGGAAGCUCGACCUUGCUAAAGAAGUCUCUCCCAUUGUAUUCACAAAAAACCCAUGCGAUUCAUUUUCUGGCAGGGGACAUAUGAUUGUUCCAUACACCAAGUUCAAAGUUCGUUCGGUAUUCUAUAAUGACGACCUUCUGUGGAGCGCCAACCGAAUAAACCACGAAGAAGGUAAAUGUGAAUAUGCUGUGAUCUACGAAUAUUCUGUUAUCCGCGAAGGAAAACUGGAAGACGUGUGUUUUGUACACUUGUACAUUUCACAUGGACUCUUCUUUGAACACCUAUACAUGUACAAAAUGGGCAGUACAUGGACAACUUGCUCUUACAAUCGGUUCUUUGACAUGCUCGUUGAAUAUAACGAGAAUGUUGAAGAAACAAAGUUCUGA